AUGAAGUUUACUACUACCGUAACACUUGUUACAGCUGGGUUUCUCAGCAUAGGGGCUACCCAGGUUUAUGCAAGUCCAGUUUCCGACCCCCUUCCAUAUCCAGAGGGCCCAUUGACGUAUCUUGGCCCUGUUGCACUCGAUGGAGAGACAGUGAGCCUCAAAGGCACCGUACAGGAGAUAUAUGCCCAAGCCGAGGGUCUCGCCAGGUCAACAUUAAACCCGGACGACCACUCUAAGAAUCGCCAUGACCGUAAUAUCCAGGCUCGUUACAAGACCUCGAUGAACUGCUAUCCUCAAGGUGAUCCUGCAAGCGUUAAAAGUAUUCAAGAGGGUAUCAGAUAUCUUAAUGGCCUCAGUGGAAAGUGUGGUGGCGCAGCACGGACAUGUACUCGUGUCAGCUGUUCCUGGAAAUCUGGCAUCUUCUUAUGCAAUGAUACCACGAAUACGAUCUCUAUACCCUGCAAGCAAAUUGCAGAUUACGCCCAGGAUAUUCUUGACACGUGUGUCAGUCCGCAGGUCGUUUCGGUGAGAGGGCAGGUGUUUGAUAGCGGAAAUUUCAAUGUUGUUGUUAAAAAGGGCAGCUGCUAG